CCGAAACCUGGACCGCGUAUUUACUUUCAUGGACAAACAUUACCGGCUGCUGUCAGUUUCGUAUUGGACUCGUUCUCAGAAAACAGCUCCUCGUAUAUUAUGUUUGGCAGACAGCGCAUUGAUUUGAGAUACUGUUACUUAGCAUUGGUUUUCUGGUUCGUUAUGACACGACAUUAAAUCAGUGUUUUGUUUUUUUCUCGUUGUUUGGCACCAAAAUAUCAAGACUACUGUAACGCCUUUGUUUUUGACAGGGACCUUGUAUCUUAUCGUUUCAGGACUGGCAAGCACAACUAAAACGCUAUUAACCCGAGUCUCUUGGCCAAACUGAGAAUGUUACCUCUUAUAACCCCAGGAGCACAGAUGACUAACGAUGAUACCGACAAUGACCAAUUUCUUUCAUUUGCAAAGAGGUCCCGUACAGUGUGGAGGAGCUAUGAGAUGGAGACGUCCUUCAUGCCGGCUCCAUACUGGAGGCGCUAUCCCCCAGUUCAUGAUCCGUCGGGCAUGAGCCGGCGGCCUGGCGUACAGCAGUUCCCUCAUAAUUUUCUCGUGACAGAGAACUACAUGGAUACGUCUGCAGGAAUGUCAUACUCGGACACCUAUACAAAACCGGCAGGGUGCGCUGUGUCCCCAAAGCCCCUCCCGGGACAGAGGCUGUCUCAGGCUCCGGAAAAACUGCCCACACCCAGGGAACUGAUGGGCCAGCGGAGGAGGAGAGGGAUGGGGGAAAGGGUGGGGGGGUUGGCGGAAGACGACGUCGCACGGCACAAGGCCGCAGCAGUGCUGCAGCACAUCAGGGACUUGAAGAAGCGGCAGAGCGCCAUCGACAAGCUGAAGACGGAGAGGUGGUGGAGCUCAACAAACUGGCAGGACAGCGAGGAGGACUCGUGGGGGCCGGUCGAGGGUUGUCCGCUGCCCCCGAUGGCCAAAUCAGCACUGCAGGCUGGGGGCACAGCUCCGCCCCCAUCCGAUUCCCAUGGGUCAUGUGAUCAAGAGGUGACGUUUGGCACACGGUUAGAGAAGCUGAAUCUUCCUCCAGGAGAAAACCCGAUGAUGUCAUUCGUCUUGACAACUGCAGAUAGACAGGACCACCACAGUCACAAUAUCCCAUUCUGGCGUCGGUUUGGAGGAACUUGGUACAACACAGAGCAAUAACUCUUUUUAAUACAAUAUUAUAAAACAUAAUUAAUACAUUGGCAUAUAUAACACAGUUGUCGAAUUUAAAAAACAGAUUUGUUUCAUAGGCGAAGCUACCUGCCGUAUGCUUUCUGUAAAGUGAUUUUUUUUUUCUUAAAUUUUGUGCUAUGGAAAAACGUCCUGUGACACCUAUCUUACCAUUAUAAACGGCAAUAUAUACCUACCUACCACAACAAAACUGACAAAUAUUUGAUUAAAGGCUCAUUAAACAUGUUCAGCGCACUUAAGCUGCAUGACCUUAAUUACAGCUACGGUUCUGAUGUGGACACAAAAGCAUUGCGGUUUUCAAAUGAAAACUGACCAUGCAGCAUUGUUUUCGUACCGUCAGGAUCUCGAAUGAAAGAAGAUAUUGGUUCGCGUUCAUCUCCUUUUACGGAAAUUUCGAAUCAAAAAAAAGUUUGAUAGAGUAUUUCCUUGUAUUUCCUCUGACACGCCUGACACCUACUGGCAGGACGAGGUAACAGAUUAAAACUAAUUAUUUAUUGUCGGCGGGGAAUGUCUCUGCUGCCGGUGUUUGGUUUGGUGACACCUGGAAGCCUCAGCUGUCAGACACACAUUAACGUAUAUUCCACCUGUGGCAUAGUGUUAAUUUAUUAAUUAAGGUCCUGGCCCUUUUUUUAACGCCGCAGCGUCACUGUGUCAAAGUUGUAUUUAAACUGUGUUGCUUUUAGCGAUAAACUGACGCGAUGUCUGUUCGCAUUUUUCUGCUGCAAAAGGGAUUCACUUGUUGUGUAACACCCAGGUUCGCAUUACAUGAACAUAUUCAGAUUAAACUAUUUGGUUUUAUUGGUUUGUUCUAAUUGCAUAACAUGUUAGUCCAUGUUUCUUUAAUUUUAACCCGUUGUUCUGAUGCAUUUCAAGGGAAAAUUGGCUUAAAUUUAGCAAAAGAUAAGCUAUUUUGCAUUUAUCCAGCAGAGGAAACUGGUCGUGGAAAGAAAAGCGUAUAAAUCUUUUAAUAAUGAAUAAAGACGAUUCCGGAUUAAGGCCUGAAACUUUUCUUGUGCGUUUGUAUUUGCGUUAAUGUAUGCAUCCAGACACAUAUAUUAAAGUUAUUUUUUUAAUCAUA